AAUGAGAACUUGUUCUCAACUAGCCUACCUGGUUAAAUAAAGGCGAAAUAAAAAUAAAAAGAUUGUGUGUCGGGGAUCUUAAACUAAUCUUCCCCAUACAGAAGACACCUUCGUCCAAUUACUUUUAUGUGUAAUGUCAUGGAACUGAGAGUCAUGAUAAAUGUCCAACUGCCUGCCAGACCAGUGAAAACAAUUAUGCUGGCUUGCGCAGCAAUCAAGCAGAUUUAAAAAUAUAUAUAUUUCGGAUCUAUUUCGGUCUGAUAGACCAGACCCAAUUUGGAUCUGAUUCACCCUCAUCUCUGAAAUAUUUUGGGUCGACCCACCUCGGAUUCAAAACGGAAUUGAUUUUCAAAAAAUGACGGGGUCCUGUAGGUGUCGGAUGGGAAUUUUACAGAUCCAAUUCGGUUCAGAUCUCAAUUUUGGGAUUCGAGAAAUGUGCAAUUCACACUCCAAACUGUGAACGGCAGCAAUACCGCAACACGGCGUCUAGUCCGUUAACACGAAGAAGUUAACGGACGCGAACAGUGCCCAAGAGUAAUUAAUACGUUAGUAUUUUUAUUGUUGUUAUUUAAACGGUUAUUAACACUCUGGAAUUCAAAAUGUGACUAAUUUAACUGCAAAGUAUCAAAUACUUACCGGCUAUAGUGUUUAAUUCGCGUUGGAGACAGGACUUGAAUGAUAUAUGUUAUCUAGGUAACGCUAGUUGUCGAGCUGCUAACAAUGGCUAACUCUAACUGCAUGGUUUUUCACACUCAAAUAGCCUCUAUAAUGGAGGUGUUAGCGAAUGCAGCCGUGGCAGAGAUCUGUAAACUCGUAGACGACGACUAUGCAGUGUUUCGUUUGGAAAUAACUCAAAGCCAGAAAGAAAACAGGGCAUUACGGAGGAAACUACUGGAAGUUAAGGUGGCACGGGAGCGCGCAGAGAGGACAUUGCGGGAGCGCGUCGUCGCCAGUCGUCCCAGUAGUGUCAAGAUCCUCGACCGAUACAGAGGAAUGGCAAGAGGUGAAGGACAUCUCACUGGAGGCCACAGGAGCUUUGUGAAGUCAGCGGGACGCAAUACAUGGAGUGAUGACCAACCAAUCACUGUUGGUGAGGGGAGUGGAACCUCAACCCAGCACGUUAUCAUGAUAGAGUCUGCAGAGGCUGCAGGUCCUGGAGGAUCCUCUGUGGUCAAGCAGGAGAGGACUGAAGGAGAGGAGGACCCACAACAGAGCAGAGACAUCGAGACUGGAACAGCGGCUGUACUAGUGCCCCCUGCAGCCACGGAUCACCUAUCCACUGCUGCGCCCCAGCCCAGGACGCAAUGCAGCAUGGUGGAGGUCAGUGGAAUUCCGAACACGGCCCUCAAGUCAGAGAUGGACACAGAGACUUUAGUUGUAACACAGAGGCUUUUACACACAGGAUCUGACCACAGGCCAGACCCAGAGAGUCUGGGGCUGGGGAGACUGGUCUGUCCACCUGCUACCGGAUCAGAGUUUUUACUUUACAGUAAUCCGAGACCGAGGACUGUUCAUUCCCAUCGGGACUCAGGUGACACAUUAGAGACUGGCAAUGAUCCGUCUUGUUCUUACUCUACAGAGGUGGACCGUGGCAACAUGCCCUUGGAUUUGGAGACACAGACUGAUCUGUCUAGAGCGGACUGGAACCCCUACAGUAGUAGUGUAUACUCUGAAGGGUGCCUAGAUAAGAAAGGGGAAGUUAUAGUGGUUGAUGAAGUGACUGUGAAAGUGGAGGGCGACGCUCUUCUGGCAUGGAAUGUAGACGAGACUCACUUAGGAGAAGGACACUCACAUGGCAGAGAUUUCUUAGAUUACAGGGGAAGCUUAAAAACAAAUCUAAAUGUCCCGACUCACUCCCCUUUACACGCAUUCAGGGAUCGCGACCCAGUGUCCACAUCAAUGGCACCUUCCGAUUCACAUGGCCGCAUCUUUUUCGAUCAGGUAUUGAACUCAAACGACAUGGCUAAAGCCCAGGCUCAGGGAGGGGGAGCCACUUCAGGCAAUAGUAAAGAGAAACAGUUCCUCUGCAUGUUCUGUAACAAAGGCUUCACCUGCCCUCAGAAGGUGGAGAUCCACCAGAGGGUCCACACAGGAGUGAAACCCUUCAGCUGUACCCAGUGUCACAUGCGCUUCGCCCUGGCUGGCAACCUGAAGAGACACCAGAUGGUCCACACAGGGGAGAAACCCUUCAGCUGCCCCCAGUGUGAGAAGAGGUUCUCCCAGGCUGGUGACCUGAAGAGGCACCAGAGGGUCCACACAGGGGAGAAACCCUUCAGCUGUACCCAGUGUCACAUGCGCUUCGCCCUGGCUGGCAACCUGAAGAUGCACCUGAAGGUCCACACGGGAGAAAAGCCGUUUGUCUGUACACACUGCGGGAAGAGGUUCUCCGAGAGGAGCUACCUCAGUAUACACCAGCAGAAAAACCAUUCCACUCUAUAACAUAGAAAGUAACCAUUCCACUUGAUAUCCUCUGACGUUUAGAUGAAACCCUGCACAAAGACAAAUAGAUUGAUAUUGUUGUCAGUGGAAAAUAUCCACAGAUUCAUUUAGAAUAACGAGUGUAACAGAUUUCAGUGUUGAAUAUUGCAUCCAGGCAUUGUGUGAUAUACACGGAGUGUAUGAAACAUAAAGAACACCUUCCUAAUAUUGAGUCGUACCACCCCCUUUUACCCUCAGCACAGACUCAAUUCGUCAGGGACAUGGACUUUACAAGAUGUCGAAAGCAUUUCCCAGGGAUGCUGGCACGUGUUGACUCCAUUGCCUCUCCCACAUUUGUGUCAAGUUCCUUUGUGGUGGACUAUUCUUGAUACACACGAGAAACUGUUGAGCUUGAAAAACCCAGCAGCGUUCCAGUUCUUGACACAAACUAGUGCCCCUACUACCAUCCCCCGUUUUAAAGGCACUUAAAUAUUUUAUCUUUCCCAAUAACCCUCUGAAUGGCACACAUACACAAUCCCUGUCUCAAUUGCCUCAAGGCUUAAAAUUCCUUUAACCUGUCU